AUGUACAAAAAUUGUAAAGAAGACACUCGAAACCUUUUACAAUAUCCUAAAAGAUUUUUAGCUACAGACGUUAAAAAAGGUUUAAACGUGCUAUUUUUUGGUACUGACAAUUUUUCUCUACCAAGUUUAAAGAUAUUGCAUAAAAAUAGUUCUACAGAUAUAAUAAAUCAGCUAGGCACAGUGACAUCUUUUAAAAAUCCCGCAAAUUGUGUACGCUUAUUUGCAAGCCAACAAAAUAUAGCUUUGCACCGUUGGCCGGUUGAAGCAGAGUUGUGCCAUAAUUAUGAUCUUGGUGUGGUGGUAUCGUUUGGACAUUUAAUUCCACAAAAAUUAAUUGAAUCAUUUCCUUUAGGCAUGAUAAAUGUGCAUGCUAGCCUACUACCGCGUUGGCGAGGUGCUGCGCCCAUUAUUUAUGCUAUUAUGAAUGGUGAUCAAAAGACUGGCGUAUCUAUUAUGAAGAUAGAACCAAAGCAUUUUGAUAUAGGCGAUAUUUUGGCGCAACGUGAAAUCAAUAUAAGACCAAACGUAUAUAUGUCUGAACUCUACGUGGAGUUGAUAUUUGGUAAGAUCUUAAUAACUGUAGAGUGA